AUGGGGAAGAAGAGGAAUUCCCAAUAUGCUAAUUUCAACAAAAGUAGGGCUGAGGGUAAUGAUUAUAAUAUUGAUAGGCCGAAAAAGAACCCUCGACUCAAAGACCACAAGUCCAGCACUGGUAACUCAAAGUCAUACAUACAGAUCCUAGGAAAUGGCAUGGAUACUCAAGAUACAUCACCCUCUGUCCUCCUCUUUUUUGACAAAUGGAGAUUUUUAUUUAACGCUGGAGAAGGAUUGCAACGCUUCUUCACAGAGCAUAAAAUUACAUUGUCACAGAUUGAUCACAUAUUUCUAUCACGUGUCUGCUCAGAAACUGCUGGUGGACUCCCAGGUCUCUUAUUGACUUUAGCUGGAAUGGGAAAAGAAGGGAUAUCUGUUAAUGUAUGGGGUCCUCCGGAUCUCUAUUUGUUGGUUGAUGCAAUGAAAUCAUUCAUCCCAAAUGCUGCCAUGGGUCAUAUACGUAGUGUUCUCCAUAUGGAUGGAUCAGAUGAAGUUGUUAGUACUUCUUCAAGGAAGUUUGAUCGUCUUUUUGCUCCCAUUAUUGAUGAAGUUGUCACAAUAUAUGUUGUUCUCUUGCCACCACGUUCCUUGGAAGUGUGUGACUCAAUGAAGGAAGGAUCCUCUGAGCCAAAUGCUCCACUAGCUAGUGGUAGUCAUUUACCAGAAGACCUUCAAGCACAAUGGAUUAAUCUCACAGCUGAAGUUGCAUUAAAUCCUGGUGAGCUUUCGGUGGUUUACAUUUGUGAGUUGCCGGAGAUCAAAGGGAAGUUCCAUCCAGAUAAGGCUGCUGCUCUCGGGGUGGAACCUGGGCCAAAAUAUCAUCAAUUGAAAAGUGGGAAUCCAGUGGAGUCAGAUCACCAAAGCAUCACAGUUCACCCUUGUGAUGUUAUGGAGCCUUCUAUUCCCGGUCCUAUUGUGCUCCUUGUUGACUGUCCAACACUCUCUCAUCUGCAAGAGUUGUCAUCUUUACAGUCUCUUACUCCAUAUUACUCGAAUAUAUCAGAACAACCUGUUGAAAUGUGCAAAAAGGUAAAUUGUUUGGUACACCUUAGCCCUGCGUCAGUAACAAAUACGACUGCAUAUGAGCAAUGGAUGACCAGAUUUGGUGAAGCCCAGCACAUAAUGGCAAGACAUGAGCCGAAGAAUAUUGAGAUUCCAAUUCUGAAAUCCAGUUCAAGAAUUGCUGCAAGACUUAACUACUUGUGCCCUCAAUUCUUUCCUGCUCCUGGUUUUUGGUCUCUUCAGCAAUUGAAGGGCUUACCAGCAGUCUCAAAGUUCCCGAGGGAGUUGUCUCUUCCAACUUCAUGUCAGAUCAUGUAUGCAGAGGACCUCCUCAAGUUCCAUCUUCUUCCAUACAAAGAUCUUGGAUUAGACAAUUCUGGUGUUCCUGCUACUAUUUCACGGACAGAAAUCUUAAAUGAGUUAACUUCGGAAAUUCCAGAAAUUAUAAGUGCUUCUAAACAUAUUACCCAGUUAUGGCAUGGGAAAAAUGGAACAAUUGAAGAGCCAUUGUUGCAUGAAACUGGAUUACCUAGUUGUUUGGAAGGUAUAACAAGAGAGGAUAUGGAGAUUGUUCUUCUCGGAACUGGUUCAUCGCAACCUUCAAAAUACCGAAAUGUUAGUUCUAUAUUUAUUAAUCUUUUCUCAAAGGGAAGUAUUCUGUUCGAUUGUGGUGAAGGAACACUUGGACAGCUAAAAAGAAGAUUUGGUGUUGAAGGUGCUGAUGAAGCUGUGAAGGGUUUAAGGUGUAUUUGGAUUUCUCAUAUUCAUGCGGAUCAUCAAGCGGGUCUUGCAAGAAUUCUUUCUCUGAGACGUGUUUUGCUCAAUGAAACUCCCCAUGAACCUUUGAUUGUUGUAGGUCCUCGGCAACUUGAAAUAUUUCUUGAUAGGUACCAAUUGCUCGAGGAACUUGAUAUGCAGUUCCUUAAUUGUAAGGAUACCACAGAAUCUUCAUGGGAGGCUUUCGAGUCAAACGAAGACAAUGAUGCUAAUGGGAGUGCGAGCAGGCUAAAGAACGUGCUCAGAGAAGCAGGAUUGAGGGCAUUAAAUAGUGUUCCCGUUAUUCAUUGUCCACAAGCUUAUGGGAUCGUCCUAAAGUCUUCUGAUAGGACUAAUGUUAUUGGGAAGAAGAUACCAGGUUGGAAGAUUGUUUACUCUGGUGACACAAGGCCUUGUCCAGAAUUGGUUGAAGCCUCUCGUGGAGCAACGGUUCUCAUACAUGAGGCUACUUUUGAAGAUGGCAUAGUGGAAGAGGCUAUAGCAAAAAAUCACAGCACAAUGGGAGAAGCUGUUGAGGCAGGGAAUGCUGCUGGAGCAUAUCGCGUCAUCCUCACUCACUUCAGCCAAAGAUACCCUAAAAUUCCAGUAUUUGAUGAAACAUACAUGCAUAAAGCAUGCAUUGCUUUUGAUCUGAUGAGUGUUAAUUUAGCGGAUCUGCACUUGCUUCCAAAUGUUCUUCCAUAUCUUAAACUCCUAUUUCCUGAUGAAAUGAUUGCCAAUGAAGCUGAUGAUGUCAAUGUUUCUAUAGCAGCUGAUUAA